AUGCCCAACCAACCUGAUGACUCAAACAUGUCUCACCGGCUCGAUGACACAGACGAGCCCGACCAGCUCGACAACGCAAACAGGCUCGAUCAACUCGACGACACAAAUAGACUGAGUCAAGCCGAUGACCUCAAUGAGCUUGGCUGCACUGACGAAUCAGACGGGAUUGGCCGGCCCGACGAUCCAAACAAGUCUUGCCAGCUAACCGACGUAGAUGGGCUUGACUGGCUCGAUGAACCAGACGGGCCAAAUCAAGCAAUUUCCCAAACAAGCCGAACUGAGACAACGACACAAACGAGUCAACCCGAUGACCAAGACGAACUUGAUCAGCACGAUGACCCAGACAAACUUGAUCAGCCUGAUGACCUAGACGGGCAUGAUCGGCCCGACGACCCAGACAUGUCGAGCCGUGUUGAUAACCCAAACAUGUCGAGUCGUGUCGAUGAUCCAAAUGGACCGGACCGAGUCGAUGACCUUGACAGGCUUUAA